AUGAGCACUGUCGGAAAGCAAGUUGUACAAUAUGGCCUCACGGAAGUGUACACCGCCUCGGAACCUCUAGUGGACGUUGUUUUUGUGCACGGCUUGAAUGGGCAUCCUCGCGAUACCUGGUCUACCACCAAACCAGAUGUCUUCUGGCCGGCCGAUCUCCUACCUGCCGCCCUCGAAGAGCAGAGACCUCGAAUUCUGACCUACGGCUACGAUGCCACCGUUGCUGCUUUUACAGAUGGAGUGUCAAAAGACAAGAUACAUGAUCACGCAGAGCACCUCGCAAGUCGAUUGGUUGCAAACAGGGCCUUGAACAAGGCACAGGAAAGACCGAUCAUAUUCGUCUGUCAUUCACUUGGGGGCCUGGUAGUCAAGAGAUGUUUGAUAUACUGCCAGAGCAUUCGCCAUCAUCAGCACACCGAGAGGUUGAGGUCCAUCUAUGUCUCCACAUAUGGAAUCCUAUUCAUGGGCACACCUCAUAAUGGUUCGAACCUGGCCAAAUGGGGCUCGUUACUUCAGAAGAUUUGUGCUACUGCUUUUCCAAAGAAGUUCCUGGACUCGUCGCCGCAAUUAGUACAAGCGCUACAAGCCAACAACGAAACACUGCAGAACAUCAAUCGGUUGUUCAUUGAGAUGAUCGGUCGCUUUCACAUAUACUUCUUUUAUGAGUCCAAACCUACCGACCUGAAAGGGACAAGAGAGUUUGUGGUUGAGGAAGAUUCGGCUGCACCCUUGAUUGAGGGCGUCGAACGCAUGGGUAUUGAAAAGGAUCACAGUCACAUGUGCAAGUUCCAGGACGAAUCCAGCCCCGGCUACGAUGUUGUGGCAGCCUCAAUACAGAGAUAUGCCAGCGAUUCACCGUCACUGAUUCAAUCUCGUUGGGAUGAAGAGAGACGGAUGGCUGAUCUGCAAAGACAAGCUGCUGCACGUGAACUGCUUGGUGACAGUAUCUUUCAAAUGGGGGCUAGCCCUUCAGGCACCGUGACACCGACCAGUACAUUUCAAGGAACCAACCAGUCCCUUUUAUUGAACGGUUCGACAAGGUCGGUUCAGUUGGAUGAGCUGUCUUUAUCAAGUUCUUCCGGUCUCCUGCUGGUUGCUCCUGUCGGCUUUAGACCCAAUUCGGUCUUCUUUGGUUUCGAAAUGGAGUUGGAUGGACUCACGCAGAAGUUAGGAAACGAAAAGCGACGUGCUCUCGGUACCUGUGCUGCUUUGUUAUGGGGGCCUCCUGGCUGUGGAAAGAGCCAAAUUGCUCGCGAGUACCUGUGGCAGCAUCGCAACAACUACCCGGCAGGUAGCUUCUGGGUUGACUGCAAAACAAGGGAGUCGAGAUCCAAGAGUUUCUGGGAAAUUGGGCAAGCUGUGGCAAUACUUGGGAUUGACCAGCCUCGAGAUCCUGCCUGGGAUGAAUCAACUAAGUUUGUCGACGCAGUGCGGAGAUGGUUCGAAGCUCGAGAAGGGUGGCUUCUCGUGUUUGACGGAGUAACGACUGAUAACGAUGAUGAUAUUCAGGCGUUUGUUCCCUUCAUUCCUGACCGGCCCGGCAACAACAUCAUUUAUACUUCGGUCGAUCGAACUUUAGCAAACCGACAAAGGCUACUUAACCCUACAGGGAUCAAAGUGUCUCGGCUAUCGCAGAGGGAGGCAUGUGGCUUUCUAUACAAGAGUCUAGGGAUCAAGGAGCCCAGCCCGUUGCAGGAGAAGAAGGCCGUUCAGCUGGUCAACCAUUAUGAGUGCCUUCCACUCGCUAUUCAUGCUGCAGCUCACGCUCUUAUUGCGCGUGGAACGUCACUGGAAAAGUUCAAUCCGGGCACAUCUGAUCACCGACUCGCGGAACCGUUCCUUGAUAUUCUUUCCGCACUUCGAGAUCAUUCCCAUCCUGAGGCUAUCAACCUCGUCACUCUGCUCAGCUUUUUCGCUCACACAGUCCCGGUUGCUCUCAUACGAUUCGGCCAGCAGGCGUUCUUGGACGCUGGAGUGGAAAUGCGAUCGGUCGAACGCGUUGGGAGCAUGAAGAAAGAAUUGGACAACACGAUUGCAGUACUGAUACGGUAUGGAUUGGUCGAACGCACAUUACUCGAAUAUUCAGUUGCGUCACCCAACACAUCAUCGUCUCCGGAAGAGCACAGAAGCCAGCGAGCUGGUACAACAAGCACUACGGAGGGGUCCGCCAUGCAAGAGCCGCUGCUGGAGCGAGAUGAUUCGAAGAGUCUGGAUGCCCUGCCUGAAUCCCGUCCUGACAGCAAAUUCGAAAGAUCUUCUACGCAGUCGGUCACCUACAGUAUUGACAUUCUUCGAAUUCAUAGUGUUGUCCAAGGUGUUCUCCGUGACGAGCUGAAGUUCCGAUGUGCUGAUCAGCCUGAACAAUAUUGGUGGUGGCUCACUGUCGCCUCGAAAUUACUCUGUCAGUCCUACGCAGUUGCGGACGGAAAGAUCAGAAGUUCUGAAGGGCGUGGACUCGUUCGUGACUACCGAGACUAUGAGACCCAGGCAGCUCGGCUUUGGUCACAUUUUCCCAAGUCGGCAACAGACGCCCCGCCAGCUCUUCGAAAGGCCCGUCAUCUGCUCCACGAGACAAUACGAGCUAUCAAGAGACAGAUCCAAGAUCAAUCACCAUCUCAGUCCUUUGAUAGUAUAAAACAUCGAGUACAAGCUUCUGUGUUUGAACGCGCGAAUAGCACAUCCUCUGAUAGCCCUGAAAGCGACAGCGGGCUGACACGGACGUCAACCUGGACAUUGGAGCAAGUGAAUACUCAAACGGAGUCACCAACCCAGAUGCACCAUACUCUGGAUUAUGAUGACGCCGGGUCUGAGGGCAGCUGGACAGAUCGGUGGUCUGAGGCAGGAAUAGCCAACUCAAGAGUCCUUGCCGCCAGCAAUUCCCAGUCCAGGCGGCCAAGUGAUUCCGGCAUAUAUGAGACCACUCCAACAGAAGCGAGAACGACCGAGUCCCAGCGAUCUUCCAUAUUACAAGCGAUCUUCCAGGGGCAUCCUGUUCCUCCUAGGAAGCAAAAGGAUCUUGGUGAAUGGAAACCUUUGCCCGCACCUCCGAGCCUGUCCAACGACCAAGCACACGUUCGAUCACGAGCAUCAUCGUUCACAAGUACGAAUGAAGACCAAAUCAUGAGACCGAGGUCUUCAAGUUCUGAAGCCUCAGCGGCUCUUGCAGCCGUCCAUCGAGCAAGUCCCCCACCAUCGAGGGGUGGCAAAAUCAAAGCCUCAAGUCGGCCGCAUUCUUUGGAAAGAUCUACUUCAGAUCAUGGACGACAGCCGCUUACUCUGCGCUCUCCCAACCAGAGAUUAUCGCCUUUAGCUACAGAAUUCGAGCCCGGAUCAAUCCUUCAGGCCCUUAAUGCUCCCGACGAACCUCGCAAACAUAGUCGACGCCUGUCAUCGUCGCCCCGCCUUGUUCAAACUGCAUUGAAUAACCAAGCUGCAAGGAUGGUACCCAGUCUGCCGAUCGAAGAGAACAUCUCCAUUACUCGGCGGAUAGGAAUGGUAGAUUCGUCAUUGUCCAACACGGCCUAUGCUCCGGGGAUAAUGGGAGAGCGGCUUACAACGAGGGCUAUCCCAUCAGGCUAUACUUCCCAGCCCAUGUCACGCCAAGUGUCCGGAGAAUCCGACGCUUCGCUUGCGACGGCACCCCCAGCGAUCCCGGGGUCAGCAUCUCUGAGCGUAUCGCCGCAAAUCCGAGAGCCUUAUCUCUACAGUAGGCCAGGGCUCGCAUCUAUCGACCUUGCGGCGGCGAAUUCGUGGCAUGAAGGACUUGAAGGGCCCAGGGGAAGAGUAGGUGCGACAGCGAGUGGAUCUACUUCCGUCUCCUCAGGUCCGGUAUUUGAAGAUGACACAAGCCAUGGGCUACAACCAAGACUGGAAAGAAGUGGCACCGUACAAUUUGGGCAACUGUCCCCUGUGGAGAUUGAGCAGGCUUGGGCCAGGGCGGCAUCGGCUCGUGGACGAAGCGUCGGAAGAAAAGAGGAGGAGUAG